GCUCUCCUAUUGGCUCGCGGAACUGUCCGUUGCAGUAGUUCUUCUCUCCACCCACUACAAAGAUGGAGGAUGAUAUGUCAGAUUUUAGCAGACCUCAAAUGUAUUUGUUUGGUUGCACACUGAGGUCGGAUAAACGGGAGUUCAAAGUUGACCCAGAUGACGAAGAUACAGAACAACAGCUGUCCCUCAAAGCUAGGGAGCUAACAGCAGCCUUUACAGAAUUUGGACUGAUCUCCUCUGGGGAGAUGGAAAAUCCACUGACCACUUUGGUGCUGUUCCAGGUGUGUUUGGGAGCCGAGGCGGAGGACAAGUUCCACAUGGUGGAAGUCGAAGGGCUCGGGUAUGAUGCAAAACGCGCCAAAGUGCCGAUAGCGGUCCUGAAACCGUCUGUCCUGCCGUCUAUGAAUCUCGGCGGCUUUGAGAUCACUCCUCCUGUUACCUUUCGUCUUGUUUCUGGCUCUGGUCCGGUUCACAUUAGUGGACAACAUUUUGUCAGUGUAAAAGAUUCAGAGGAUGAAGAGGAAGAGAACAACACAUCUCCGGUGAAACGGCCUGCAAACCUUGCCUUAGUAAAGAAGCCCCCGCUGAAAAAAAUAAAAAUGGAUUCUGAUGACGAUGAUGACGAUGGUGAAGAAGAGGACAGCGAUGAAGACGAGGACGAUGAUGACGAGAGUGAUGAAGAGGAUGUGAAGCCUCAAAAGCACGUAGCAAAAGUACUCAAAAAGAGCCCAGAGUCUACAGCUAAAAAACCCAACAAGACGCCUGUGAAACAAAAUGGACCUGCGGGAAAAUCUUCCGGAUCUGCAGCGAAACCCCAGAAUAAGACUCCUGGAAAAGACAAACCCCAGGCUGGCCCAUCUAAAACUUUUACUCUGGCUGAAAUUAAGAACAAGUUAUCAUCAGCGGCCAAAGAGGGAAAACCACUACCGAAGUCGGAGCAGAAGUUUGAGAAUUUUGUGAGGACUUCUUACAAAGUCACUGACAAGAAGGUGGUCAAGGAGCUCUGGAGUUUUUUGCAAACACAGAAGACUGAGAAGAAGUAAUGAGCUUUCAUCAGGAAGAUGUUCUAACGCUUUUCUGCGAGACAUUUAAAGGCACAGUCUGCAAUGUUUCCAACUCAGUCUCAGCACAGACAAAGACUACAGUCAUCAGGGAUUUGCAGAUGUUUAGUAACGGUUGCAGCAAAGAUGAAGAUUGUUAUAAUUUGUUUUGUGUUUUUAGAUGCAAAGCACUCAUCAAGUCUGUCCAUUAAUGAGUUGGUGGGUUGACAUUUUGCAGAAUUUGUUUAUUAGGUAAGCUGAUCUGGAGCAUCUGUAAGGAUUCAAACUAACACUGUGGUUAUCAGAGCAUCUCAAUAAAGGAAACAAACAUUUCUAACAUAUAUGGCAACAGCUGGCAAUAAAUGCCACCUGCUGAUGUUCAGUAUGAAUGAAUAAAUGAUGAUGCAAAGGCUCAACUCAUUUCAACGAAGAUACUUAAAGUACAUGAAGGCAACGACUGAAGAGGCCAGUAUACCAUAUCUGUCUUAUUUUCAUCAAUUUCAGGAGUCCCCAAGUAAAACAUUCAACAAAUUAAAUAAACACAGCAAUGCAUUUUCUUGGUUCUUUACUUGGCUCCUUCGUGUUAGAGCUCGGCUGAACACGGCAGGUCUAGAACAGCUUGGUUUGGGUGCUUUGGAUCUCUGACACUAUGUGUCCUUUAGUAAAUGAUGCAGAAGGAACAAUUGCACAUUGUGCCUUUUAAAUACUUCAUCUGACUCUUAUUUUUGUUAUUAUGAGUAGCGUGUUCAGCCAUGCUAAAGAAAAGGUUCAUUUUAUAUCAUCACCAGCUGACAGUUAAUGUCUUUUAAUUUCUGUUUCUUUACCCUUUUUAUUUUAAACAUGCUUCUGGAUUAUUCAUUGAAAUUGUCAACUUUUUCAGGCCCUACAAAAAUACUGUAAUGGUUUUAUCUGCAACAUGUAUCUGCUCAGUUAAAGCAAAUAUUUUAAAUAAUCUCUCUACUAACCUAAAGGGUUACUCUUCCAUCCAUAACAGAAAUAAAUAGAAAUAUGUUUUGGGGUAAAUAAUUCAACCCAGAACUCAUAAAAUCGGUACAUCUGCAGCAAUGUGUGCAGCUCGUAUCUAAUAGGGAGUUGAAAGCUUGCUUUUAGCAGACCUAGAUUUAACAUUUCUCUGUUUAUCCUUCAGAGAUUUUUGUACUUUUUAAAAUCAAUUGUUUUUUUAAUCCCAGCGACCACAGCUGAAUAUCCAUCCAUUCCAAAAAAUGUCCCAAGACAGUAACCAUAGCUUCAGCCAGGUGUUGAUUAGAUAUCAACAUUCAGUUUUGAGCCGUAAAAAAAGCAGUUGGAAUAUUGCAUUAAGGGAAUAUAACUCCAGAUUAUUUUCCAGUCUGACAUGCCAGCUUAAUGUUUCUGUGAUCGCAUAUGAUUGAAAUGUCUGUGAAAAGGUGACGUUUUUAUGUGAUUAAUGUCAUUUAAGUGACUUUUAAAACGCACCUGAAACCAGGUUCAAAUAUUUCUUAGUUACUUUAAGCGUCUUAGUAGCAAAACUCCCCUCAUUGUUUUAAAUAAAGCUAAUUAAACACAAUUAAUGAACUUUGUUUCUCUGUGAAUAAAUCUCUUGCUUUUAUUUGCAAAUCUGGCAGCUGAACGGUUUUGUUCUCCGGGUUUUCUUUCCUAAGGCUUUCCAAAAACAUACGUGAGCCUUGAUGUGCUGUUUAUUUGAAGUUCUGUUCAGUUUGAAAGUGUUAAACCCGUAUAAACCCGUCUUUUAUUUUUUAGAUCUGUCUUGUUUGUCUCUAAUCUUUCAUGCUCUGUUUGCCAUGAUUAUUUCUGAGAGAUGCUGAAAUAUGUUCAAAUAAAGUACGAAGAAGCUCUGUCUCCAUA